AUGAACAACAACAACAACUUCGGUACUAAUACCACCAUCAAUGACGACUACAUGUUAUUCCCUUAUAAUGACCAUUAUUCCUCACAACCAUUACUCCCUUUUAGCCCUUCCUCUUCCAUUAACGAUGUCUUGAUUCACUCAACCUCCAACACAUCAUCAAACAAUCAUCUUGGCCAUCCUCAUCAAUUCCUUCAAUCACCUUCUCCUUUUUCUCAAUUCGACUUCGUUCCGGAUUUCACCCUCCUCGGCUCUUUGGGGCUCCCACAAAACAAUGUCUAUGAUGUUAACCAAACCAUCCUCAAUGGCCAUCAUCAUCCACCACUUCUUCCCUUAAACGACCCUGUUGGAGAAUCAUCUCAAGUCGUUGAGCCCUCGGAAACCAUAACCCACAUAGAAGAUUCCCAGAGAAUCUCAGCUUCUCAAAACCCAACGAUGAGAAAAGGCAAGAAGCCAAGCAGAACGGACAGGCACAGCAAGAUCAAAACUGCCAAAGGGACAAGAGAUCGUCGGAUGAGACUCUCACUAGAUGUCGCCAAAGAGCUAUUCGGCUUACAAGACAUGCUUGGAUUCGACAAAGCCAGCAAAACCGUUGAGUGGCUGCUCACACAAGCAAAACCAGAGAUCACAAAGAUCGCCAAAAGCCUUUCUAACCAGUUUAACCACGGCGGCUUCAGCAGCGGCGAUGAGUCUCAAACUCUUAUUCAAGGACCGGCAUUAGGAUCCAUGGACACAUCUUCUGAUCUAUGCGAACUUGCAUCCAUGUGGACAGUGGACAAUAGAGGCACGGCAGAAACAAGAGGAGACAAGGUCGACGGGAGAACGAUAAAAGGGAAGAAAAAGAUGCCGCAACCGCGAACGCCCAAUUUGAAGAAGGUUUCUAAGGAGGCAAGAGCGAAAGCAAGAGAGAGAGCAAAGGAAAGAACAAAAGAGAAGAUGAUGGAUAGAAGUUCACAAGCAAAUGUUGUGGAAGAAGAAUCUCAUAAUUAUCAUGAUGAGAUGACAAAGAGUACAAAAAGCGAUGUGAAUUGGAGUUCUUUUGAGGCGACUCCCUGCGUAGAAGAGAUUGAAGAAUUUUGCAAGAACGAUCGUUUUGCAGUUUGCGGCGAGACUGUGAUAGACAAAAAAGAUCACAUUUCGGACCAAUCUUAUGAUAUGAUCAGGAAAAUGAAUUCAUCAUUUCCAAUGCUUAAUCACCAUCGCAGCCAAGGAGCUACUUCCAUUGAGCAGCAGCAGCAGCAUCAAUUUACGGAUCUUCACCACUUCCCGGGGAAGCCAAGAGACCUCAUGUACAACUAUCAAAACAUGUGUUGA